UCUAGAAUUAGCUCACAGAUAUUUUAGUUAUCUAAGUCAACAUGGAGAUAGAAUGAAGUAUGAUUUAAAUCAAGCUGCAGCAGAAGCAAGACAAUGUUCAGAUUUAUUAAGUCAGGCUCAGUAUCAUGUAGCUAGAGCACGUAAGAUAGAUGAAGAAGAGAGAGAGAUAAGAAAGAAACAGGAAGAAGAUAAAGAAAAAUUACGACAGAAAUACCAAGAAGAACAGACUGAAAAACAAAGACAGAAGAAAGAAUUUGAGAAACGUUUGUUAGAACAGAGAGCUGUUAUUGUAGAAAAAGCCAAAAAAAUGUCUUUAGAACCAGAAAAUGAGAGACCUAAAAAAUCUGGUAAAAAGAAACGGGGUGGUGAUGAUGAUAUUAUAUCAGAGGGUAGUGGAGAAGAAUUACCUAGAAGAAAGAAGAAGAAAAGAAAGCCCAGUACUGAUGAUGAUGAAGAUGAUAAUGAAGAUGGUGGUGGAAAGAAGAAAAGGAAGAAGAAGAGACGAUCUAAGAAAGAUAUGUCUGAUACUGAUGAUGAAGAUGGUGGUAGGAAGAAAGACAGGAAGAGAAAGAAACCUCGAUCAUUAAAAGAAAAGAUGGAUAAAAAGAGGAAACAGAAAGCUGAGGAAGUUGAUGAAGGACUGUCUGCUAAACAAAGAAAGAAGAUUGUUUCCAAAGCCUUUAUUUCUUCCAGUUCUGGAUCAGGAUCUGAAGGUGAAAAACUCAGAAUUGAUGAUGAUGAAGGGGCCAGUGGUAGUGGGAAUGAAGGUGGCGGUAAGAAACGGCGUCGUAUUGGAUCAUCAAGCAGUGAAAGUGAUGGGGGUGCAGCUGCAAAAUCUGGAUCAGAUAACGACAGAAAGUCCCGAUCAAGAUCCAGAUCAGGUUCCCGGUCAGGUUCAGGUUCAAAUAGAGGCUCUGGUUCAGGAUCAGACAGAGGUAGAUCAAAAUCAAGAUCCCGUUCAAAAUCAAGGUCUCGUUCAAGAUCAAGGUCUCGUUCAAGGUCAAGGUCUCGUUCAAGGUCAAGGUCUCGUUCAAGGUCAGGCUCAGAUCGUGGUUCAAAAAAAGGGUCUGAUAAUGAAAGUGAUGCUGGAAGUGUUAAAUCUGCUGCAUCACAUAGGUCAGGGGGAUCAAAUAGAUCCGGAGGGUCAAAUGCCUCUAAUAAAUCAAGAGAAAGUAGAAAUUCAGAGGAAAGAUCAAGAAAAGGUUCGGACAAUGAAUCAGGUGCAGGAUCCCCAAAAUCACCAGCUAAAAGUGGUUCAUCAGGUCAUGAAGAUAGUGAUUAAAUUAAUACAAACGUUGUAUAUAUAACAGUGAAAUAGUAAAUCCAGCUUGAUUUUCAUGUGCAAAAAUAUGUUAUAACCAGUGAAUUAGCCUAUUGCCACUCAAUUUAUUCAUCUCAACCCACAUUGUUCUGGGAACUUAACUUGUUCAUACAAAAGAGUGGGACAGCUGUACUUAUACAAUUUAGUUUCAGUAAUAAGGAAGUAUGAUCAAAACAGUAAGAUAACAUUCUAUAUAGGAGUAAAAAAAAAUAUUCUGAUAUUUUCAUUGAUUUAGUUCGUGUAUGAAGAUUAAGGGUCGUUGACGGCCACCCUACAUCUACUUUUUGGAAAUAUUAAAAGCCAUAUUUAGAAGGAGAUUUACAAUAAAUAGCUUAUAUAAAACAUUGCUGAAUGUCACGAAUUUUCUUUUUAACAAAUAGUUAUUUGUUAUUUUAACGUGGCUAUAUAUUUUCAAUGACUUUUUUCAACUUCAGCAAUGUUAUUAGUAAUUAAUAGUAUCUGUACACUUAGGUAUUUUCCAUGAAAGUAUCUAAUAUCCUAAAACAAAUAGGAUCUAUAUCUGCUCAUGACAGUGUAUUAUAAACUCAUCUAAUUAUGAAACUUCAUUCUUAAAUUUAAGGUUUGUAUAAAUAGUAAAAAAAUGUAAUUUAAAAUUAUUAAAAGCAAAAAAAAAGAAAGAUUCCUAAGUUUUUGUCUUGGACCUUUGGGGAAAUAUAAAAUCAUUUUUGAUGCCAAAUAUACUGGUAACUAAAAACAGUUUUGUGUGUGGUAUCUAAAAUAAAAGAGCUGUGUCAUGUGUGUUAUUUGGCUCGAGUCGUUAACGAUCUAUAUAUUAAUGAGAAAAAAGUUAGAAAAUAAACAAAGUCUUGUAACAUCUGUAGGCCAGUCAGUGUCAUUAAACAUACAUUAUGCAAGAGCUAUUACAGGUCUUUCUUUAGGCCUCAAAUGUUAUCUGAAUUAUUAAUUAGACAUUAAUUAACUUAUCCAGACAAUAAUCAACUCUCGAUGUCAUCGCUAGCCUUAGAUUCCAAUUUGUGGUUCGACUUCCAUUCCAGAUUUAAUCACGAAAUGGAUAAUGUUUUUUAUCGUACCAACUUUAGUAAUGAUGAUCGAAGCUAGGCCGAAAAUUCAAUCGCUAAAAUCUUGGUUCAGAGUGGAUCAAUUUGACUGAAAUUUUCAGCAAAUUCCCUUUACAUUAUCUAGUUUUUAACUAUUAUAGUGAGAACUGCCAGCUCUUUAUCUAAUCUCCCAUAAUGUAUCUUUAAUUAAUGUCAUAUAAUCAUUUGUUUACCUUAUUCAUCAACAUCAUUCUGUUUGUAAACAAAUAAUAUUACAAUAAACUGUAUAUUAGAUAAA